AUGGUUUCACUCUCCAGCGAAUCAGUUCAAAAGCUGGCACUACUUCGCUUCCGAGCGACUGGUACUGGUGUUAACAUUGUAACAUUCUUCCAAUCCUAUGCAUACGAUCCUCAUGAUCCUCUCGAACCCUGCCGAUUCGAAGCUCUAUGCCGGCUCAAGUCGAUAGCCGAGUUCAGUUCUGCGAUACCUGAAUACGUGCCACCUUCUCCUGACGGAAAAGAUCUCGCCGCGACUCUAGAGCUUCUGAAUGACUGGCUUUUAGUAUCAAGCGAGAUCAUCGACGAAAUCCAGAACGUCGAUCCCCAAGAGCUCUCCCCCAUCGGGGCCCGAAUGGUGGAUUUCCUCUCCCAAGUAAUGCAGCCCCACUCCUCAAUCGACUCACUGCUCCCGUCAAAAAUCAACAAACCCCAGCCAAGUACAGCACAAAGCCAGCAAGACAAAGUGCAAACGGUGCUCGACUGGUUCGAAGACUGUGACGCCUGGAUCCUCGAUAUAAAGAAUGAUCUUGAGCAAAGCUGGCUUCGGGAAGAUGUGCUGAAUGACAUUCCCCUGCCAGAGAUUUACACGCCUCUGAAUACUUUCCUGUUUGCUCCGGCGGUGCAUUUCAUCCAGUGGCUGCUGUAUUACUGGCGACGAAAUGCAACUACAACAAACGCUCUUCCUUUCGAGCAAACGGCCAUCGCGCCAUAUACGCCACCAUUUCUGGUUCCGUUCCGAUACUACUGCCAGAACCCACUACUUAGUCCCUCCUCGCACACGCUCAGAUUCUGGAAGGCGUCUCGAUAUCCCGUGCGAGGAAGCUGGGGAUCAGCCGAGAUUCAUGACACUGUUUGCAAUUUGCUCGAAGAGAAUAUCCAGAUUGCAAAUCAAAGGAUCUUUAACCAUGGCGUGAUGAUGAAUGCACAGCUCUCACAGGAUCAUUUAUCUUCCAGCGUAUCCGGAUCAUCCUCCUCCUCCUCGUCGUCAGCAUUCUCGAGUCCUGAGCCUCCAACUCCGCGACCACAAUCACGAUUUCUUCACUUUGAUAUGACGGAUUCAGCUAUUCGUACGGACGGACAGAGCUCGUUUUCGCUACCUCUCUCGCUUACAUCGACGUCGAGUGAAGCGGAUACUUUGUCAUAUACCUGCACGUUCUGUACCAGCCCGAGCUAUUUCACACUGGCAAAGGAUCUGAAGAGACAUGUUGAAAGUAUUCAUUCGAAGUCGAAGUUUUAUUGUGAGGUAGAGAGCUGCAGUCGGGCAAAGGGGAAGGGGAGACCGUUCAAUAGGGUUGACAAUCUGGUUAGGCAUGUUAGGAGUCGGCAUGGGAAGCAGGUGGAUAGGUAUAGUUACAAGGAUGGGAGGAAUAGUUCUUCUUAA